AUGGAUGAUCUUCCAUUGAUUUUGAACCUGGUUGAGGUGACAGGGCCACUCCAGUUCAAUUUUCCCAGUGAAGUAUUUUCAACUGCUCCCCACUAUGUCAAUUUGAAACACAAUCUUCGACUUCUUCUCUCCCAGGAUGAAGAAUCAAUUGAAGCCACGAAGAUAGCCAAAGCAAUCAUUCGCGAGUCCGAGAAAGAGCUCAGGGAAGCUUUGGCAAGUGGAAAUUCGCCAAAUGAUAUGAUAGGUGUCCUGUCGGCACUUGAACUUGCAUUUGGGUGGCCGAAGGGCAUACAAAUUCUUCUACAGUCAGGGGCAAAUCCGCAUUGUCACUUUCCUUCGCUUGCUCUAGCCGAGGGAGAGCAAUACCACGCUUCUGCCGCUCUUUUACUUGAAGCGGGAUGUGUGAUUAAAGUGGUCGAUUUUGUCAACAACGAGCAGUGUAACGAUGGCGGUAAAAGACGCUCACUACUGGUCGAUCAUUUGGCAGCAAGACGAAGAAGAUUAUGCAUGCUAGCCGAAUCGUCUUUGCCACUCGAUCAAAUUCCACCUCUCGAUGGGCCCCCAGCAAACAUAUGCGGGGCUCUGGCUGCCCAUGGGAUAAAUGUCCCGAUCGCAUUGCACUUUGAGGCUGAUUCACUGGGAUCCACGGCCAUCUACAAAACCGGUUUAGCCUCCCGAUCUAGGCAUUUCGCCAAGGUCAUGAAUAUCAUGUAUGAAAUCGGCUUCCAUGACAUCGAUUUGCCUGACGAGAAUGGCAUAACACCCUUAAUGACGCUUUUUAAUUUAUAUCCCGGCGACGCGCCUGUGUUUAUCGACUGUGUGGCCUGGUUGAUGUCGAGAGGUGCCUGUAUUGAACGGAAAUUGCCGACAUCAAAUGCGAAAGUUGCUCACCUUCUCACAGCCCAAUUUAUUAAUCGACAUAUUUAUCAUCUCAUACUUAAUUCUGAUGGACUCGACAAAGAUUAUCGCAAUUGGAAAAAUGGUGUUGCCGAAUUGGGAGAUGCUUGCUUUUUUGUAUCUCCUACGCAAGACUGUUGCGUUUGCGCCUGUUCUCCUGGCGGAUGUACCACACUCUCAGUGGCACUUCGAUCCAUCAUUUUUACGGCAUAUCUAUGGCGAUGGCGAGUCACGGAUGACUGCCUCCGCAAAUUGAUCCUCUCUCUCACUGUAUGGCAGGAUUCAUGGCCAGAUUUUUCACGGGCGGUAGUCAGAACCUUGACAUUUGAUGCGUUGGGCCUCACGCAUACAUGCUGCACUGAAAUAGAUGAAGAUGGAGUAUUUUGGCCCAGUGUGCCCAAAGAAGGGAGAGAUGAGAUAGAAGUUGGUAGGAUCUCGGACGACCAGUAUUUCUUGGUCAGAGAAUUUGAAGAACUGAUGGAAGAGAUGGAAAGCAAACUUGAUGAGCUUGGCCUUCCCCUCGAAGAAUUCCUCGAUGGCUAUUGGUAUGACCGCGUAAUCGAGCAUCUUUCGAGGCGUGACCGCUACGAUGAGGAGCAUGUCACGGAAGCAAGAAAGAUGGGCAUUUUCCUCGAAGCAGAGGAGUUUUGCAUCCCCAACAGAUUGUCAUUGCAAUUCCGAUCUCAAGUUCAAGAGCUGCAGGAUGAUUCAUUAUUGGAUGGACCCAAAUGA